GCAUUGGAUUUUGAAAGAAUAAGAAAUUACUUUUCUCUCUGGCUGGCUGCCUGAAAAAGUUUACUUGCCUCUGCUAUUCAGGGGUUUGCAUGGCAAACUUGGAUUGUUUGACUUUAUUCAAAAGAACUUAUGUGAUAACCAGAGAUAUAUUUAAUUUAGAGUCAUCUAUGUUCCUUCUUCUUAACCCCCCUCUUGAAUUCUGAGAAAUCUGCAGUUGCUUAGUAUAUUUUCACUGCCCUAACAUCUUAAAAUCCUUCUUUUCUUUCCUAUCCAUGUCACCUAAUUUCUCAACUACUUCUACUCUUAAUUCUCCAGAAACCUUCCUCAGCCCCAGUUGUUUCUCUUCUCCCUUUUCUCCUGUUUCUUUACCACCAAAACCCUAAUCUGUCAUUCCUCUUUUUGAGGGGGGUGCAGUUUGGGAUGGAGGUCCUUAUGAGUACCUGAUGAAUUUGUCUGUUCUGAUGACAGUCCAUCUUUCUUUGCUUGGGAAGAGGUAAAGGAUUCAUCUUUCCCUCUCCCUCAUUCCCCACAUCUAAUCUAAUCAUCUAAUAUAAAUGCAGUGCUUGAGGCUAGAGAGGUCAACAGGAGCCAAGGAGAGAGGGCUUCGAAUGCUAGAGUAAGAGCUUGGAUUGAAUUGAGGACAGUUGGAGAACCAACCAAUUACAUUAGAGUCUGCCUUCUAAACUGCUCUAGAACCUGGUCCUUGCUCUUUUCCACACUAUCACAGCCCUCAAGUCUUACAAGAAUUUCUUCAAUGGCCUCCUUUCAGGUCUCAGAUUCUAGUCUUGCACCUCUACAUUAUCGCCAAAUGCAAAUUAUUCUAGAAGGCAAACCUGAGCACACUGCUUAAAAAUUGGUUCCCCAGCUGUCCUCAACCCAUGCUCUUGCCCCUAGCAUUUGAGGCCCUCCCUAAUUGGCUCCCUGAGCUCUCCCGCCCCAUCUGCUUUUCCAAACACCCUAACUACUACAGAAGUUCCCCACCAUGCCCCCUCUGAGCCUUUGCUCAGGCUGUGUUCUCUGCUUGGGAUGCCUUUCCCUCCUCUUAGCUACUCAACACAUACCCACAUCUCUUUCAAUACUCAACUUAAGCUUCACCUCCUUUCUAGAGAACCUUCUGACUCCCUCCGUCGAAAAAGCACUCCUUCCUUUAUGCAUCUCCAUUUUUCAAAUGGACUUCCACCUGCAGACUCCUUUGCAUCCAUUCUAUCUUCCCACCUAGACUGGCACUGCUUAUGGCCGGGGAUUCUAUCAUCUGUUUCUGGCAGGCUGCACUGGGCUGGACUCACUAGAAACCCCAGUAAGUGUUGAAUAAAGGGAUGAAAGUACUGUCGGGGCCCUCAUGCUCUUUAAGGAGACCUGGUGCAUUGAAGUUGGAUGAACUUGGGUUAAAGUACAAACACUGCAAGAGCUGUUUGCUGGUGGGCAAGUCAUCUGAGUUCUGAGCCUUGAUUUCCUGUUCUGCCUACCUCUCAGGAUUCUGUGAAAUAACAUAUAUGAGGUGCCUGGCUUACUGUAGAGACUCAAAUAUUUAUCACCCUCUUGGCCAAGAAGCAGAGGAGCAAAAGGUGUUCAGGCAGUGAACAGGGGAUUAGGAUCAGGGGUCUAAGGGGCAGGAGGAGAAACUUCUGAGACCCCAGUGUGCUUGAAUGUCUCAAACUGUGCUGGCCACCUGCUCUGUCCUGGAGCAAAGUCCAGUUAGGUGAUGGGGUGGGGGUGACAGAUGAAGGGCCUGCCAAGGCCAAGCCCUCCCCUGUCCGUGAGAAUGGACCAGCCCCCAGUGACAUCACAAUCCUGGGGGGGUUGUCAAGGCGCUGCUGGAGGUGGACCCUCUUGUUUCUCCCCCUGGAGCUCUAGGAUGUGGAUGUGAGAAAGGUGAGCAAGGCAGGCAGAUGGCAACGGGAAACAGCUCUAACCCCAUGCCCAUGGGCACGGCUCAGGGUGACCCUGGAGAGGAGGGAACACUGCCAGGUGCUGAUGCUGGUGUCGAGGACACAGGUUCAGCCACUCAGCUGAAGAUGAAGCCCAAGAAGGUGCGCAAGAUCAAGGCACUCAUCUUUGACCUGGGCUCCCAGUACUGUAAGUGUGGCUAUGCAGGAGAGCCGAGGCCCACCUACUUCAUCUCCUCCACUGUGGGCAAGCGCUACUCCGAGGUCGCUGAUGCUGGCGACACCCGCAAGGAGACCUACGUGGGUCACGAGCUGCUCAACAUGGAGGCGCCUCUGAAGCUGGUUAACCCACUAAAAUAUGGUGUCGUGAUGGACUGGGACUGCGUCCAGAAUAUCUGGGAGUACGUCUUCCACACAGCCAUGAAGAUCCUCCCUGAGGAGCAUGCUGUGCUGGUCUCUGACCCCCCGCUCAGCCCCAGCAGCAACAGGGAGAAGUAUGCGGAGCUCCUCUUUGAAACCUUUGGCGUCCCUGCCAUGCACGUGACGUCCCAGUCGCUGCUGUCCAUCUAUUCCUAUGGCAAGACCUCAGGGCUGGUGGUGGAGAGCGGGCAUGGCGUCUCGCAUGUGGUGCCCAUCUCAGAGGGCAACGUGCUGCCAGGCCUGACGAGCCGCGCUGACUAUGCCGGGAGCGACCUCACCAACUACCUGCUGCAGCUGCUCAACGAGGCCGGCCACAAGUUCACGGACGACCACCUGCACAUCAUUGAGCACAUCAAGAAGGAGUGCUGCUACUCGGCGCUCAUGCCCGAGGAGGAGCUCCGCCUGGGUCUGGAGGAGCUGCAUGUGGUCUACGAGCUCCCCGACGGCAAGCUCAUCACCAUCGGCCACGAGCGCUUCCAGUGCGCCGAGAUGCUCUUCAAACCCACGUUGGUGGGCAGCAACCAGCCCGGCCUUCCUGCACUCACGGCUGCCUGCCUGGACCGCUGCCAGGAGGCGGGCUUCAGGGAGGAAAUGGCGGCCAACGUGCUGCUGUGUGGUGGCUGCACCAUGCUGGACGGCUUCCCCGAGCGCUUCCAGAGGGAGCUGAGCCUCCUCUGCCCUGGGGACAGCCCUGCAGUGGCUGCCGCUCCCGAGAGGAAGACCUCCGUGUGGACCGGCGGCUCCAUUCUGGCCUCCCUGCAGGCCUUCCAGCAGCUCUGGGUCAGCAAGGAGGAGUUUCAGGAGCGGGGCAGCGCAGCCAUCUACAGCAAGUGCUGAGCGGCGGGCCCCGAUAGGCAAGGCCUUGGGGGCAGGCGGCCACAUGCCACUCUAUACACAUUUACAGAAUUUCGCAUAAAACUUUAACAUGCAAUGGCUCUUGUCUAGUCUGAAUUUCUUGCUCUAAUCUGAUAGAAAGU